AUGUCUGGGAAAAGAAAGCACGCACUCUCUGAGUCAGACUUUGAUUACCUAAAUGGUCUUGCUAAGGAGUAUGCUAAGAAUAAUAUCUUUGAUGCUAAAGGAAUAAUGAUUUUGUGUAAAUCACUGUUUCCCAAUAAUGUCAGGGUUAAAGUUUUGGAAUACGAAAUAGCUAAGGAGAUGGGUAAUUUUAAACAUGCUUCUGGCAUCCUUGCCGAUAGCUACCAUUUGAGAAAUGCUCGAUGGGAGGCCGAAGUAAACAAUAUUUUCGCUGGUUUACAGUCAGUUCCUGUCGAUCAACAUUACCUGAGGCUCUUUAUCGCAUUACCCCAACAUUCUCAGGUGGAGGUGCUAAUGGAUUACUGUUCAUCCUCUUUAACUACUGCAUCGUCAAAAGCUGAAUUUCUUCUUCGAUUUGUUACUGAGAAGUUUGAAAUUCUCGGAGAAAAUAGCUUUAUUGGGUCGCUGUUUGAUAAUCUUAUAGAAUUACUGAUGGUGGCGGAGAUGGAGCACUGGCAGUCUUUAAACCGUGCUGCAGAAAUGGAUGCUCAAAACCAGUCUGACUCUCCCAUAAAUGAAAAACAAAUUUCUCCCACCGUGUGUACCGAAGACAUUCAACAAACAUCAAAAGAUUGUUCAGGUUAUUUGGAACCCGAUGAAGGUGAAGAAGGCGAAGUAUUAGAAGAGGCCGAUGACGAUGAUGGAGAAGUUUUAGACGAUGAUGAUCUGGAUAAUCACAAUCCCAAUUCACUUGGUGGAAAAAAUUCUGCGAAUCAGACGUUUAGUGUUCUAAAUGUGCAUAGAAUGAGACUCGCUUGCGAUGUCCUUCCUUUGGUCCAUCGCGUUCGGGGCACGAUCAAGUUUAGCAGUACACAACUACAGUCAUUAGUUAUUAAUGCCUUCCAGUUCUUGCUUACAUUUGCUGCCCAAAUUCCAUUUACUGAUGACGGUUUUCCGGAAAUAUCCGGAGCAUCGACACCUCUUCCCGAACUCCUUAAGCUGGAUCCAUCAAAGUACCUACGCCUCUUUCUAGAUAUGGCAGCUGAUUUGCUCAAAUGGCCUAUAAGUGGCCCUUCAUUUCAAGUACAACCACGCUCUGAUAUUUUGGAGAUGCUUCAGAAGUGUCAUCGUGUCUACAAAGACUUGGAACAUGAUUUCCAGCGCCAAAAAGCUAGCAGUGGCAGCAUUAACAAAAAACGCAGCUCAUCUACUACACAAAAAUUGUCGUCUGCAGCGAGCCAGAUUGUUUGUACGUUGUGGGCACUGUUUGUUGAGGUUGGCGUUGCCUUCACAAAGGAGUCAAAAGCGCUUGCCCGGAUUCCCUUCGAUAUUAGUACACUAACAUCUCUGGACAAGUGCAAUUUACCGAAUGACGAUGCCCUUUCAGAACCGUUGUUGAUGCUUCAGUCGCUAUGGUCCUUGCGAACACUUUACAGAACCCAGAAUAAAUCGCCUGUGUGUAAACCGCCAUCCCAUCAAUCAGAAUCUAUUCUGGAAAGCCUCGAUGCUUCUCUUCAACCUCAAGAUGGGGCACAUGGCCUCAAAUCUGGUUCCCUACUUGAGUUUGUGGUUCGGAUUAACUUGACUAUGGCUUGCCUUAUUGAUUCAAGCUUUGAUUUCACGUGGCAUGAGGGAAUAUUUUCAAAUUCCAACUUAUUGUCUCGUGCCUAUAGUCAAGAACAGCUACUGAUGAUUCAGUGCUUACUGGAUGUUGUAAAGCUCCAUCAUGAAGCUCUUACUCACUCCAAACCUCUGGCUUCCGAACGCUCCCGUUUUUUGCUCCGCGUUCUAGAUAUAAGGAUAGACGAAGCCACAAACCUUAAUAACUGGACAAAGUUUUCCAACAGGGUUAUUGGCCUGUCAACCACGUCGUUCGUCGCUACAUUUGAAGUCGUUCUAAGUCAUGCUAUUAAUGCUCUUAAAACUACUUCUGUACGCAAGUAUCUGUACGAGCAAAGUUGUGAAAAAUGGCUUAAACAGGAGGCUGGUGUCUUCACCUGGAAGUCCGUCUGUGAUAAAAUCGUGCGCACUCUUCAAGAUGAAAUUCACGUAAUGGCUACCAGACGAACUGCUAAAAUUUCCAUAACGCCUGAACUCUCCGAUAAGCUGGACUUGGUCUCAGCACGUUUUCUAGGUCUUCAAAAGUGGUGUCUUAAUGAAAUGCAGAAUGCACCCUCUGGUCCCGUGGUUCUGCUUCUUUGUCAAGCACUUGAUGUCUGUAUCCAUUCUCCGGAAAUCCUCCACAAGAAUAUUAUUUCAUUUGUAGAGGGCGUGCUUAAUUGUUUUGAAUCUGGGUGGUCGGAUUCACUAGGAUUGGGUUGGUUUCUCCGGCUAUUGCGUUGGGCCGUUGCGGAGAUUUGCACGACACCGGAACUCCGCAGAUCGAUUAUUACGUGCUUCCUCAGGCGCGCAAUCCUUUUGUUCAAACUCUGGCCAAAAUUCCGCGAGACUGGUGGCCAGAACGGAUCCGCGUCUCAUCGACCGCCACCUGCGGAGGUUACGGACCAUAAUUCGUCCACAUUAGCUGGCAUAGUCAGUGGCUGCCUGGAUGACCCGUUCGCUCUUGAUGUGUAUUUUGGCACCUCUCCGACAGUUGAAAACCUCUUCACUGUCCCUGAAAGUUCUACUGAAUGCUCCCCAGUUCACUUACUUGGUGAUGCCUGUUUUAUUGUUGAAAAGAAGCCGACAUUGCUGCCAGAGAAAACUGGUCGUCGACCUCAAGCGAAUAGCAUUGAUACGGGACGCGAGUUACUGGCUUUUUGCCGGUGGAUUCUAACACAUUGUGUACUUUUAAAGACGGAUGACAUGACUAACGAUUUGAGGUCAUUUUUUAACCUUCUUGUCAACUACUAUGUCACAGAAUGGCGUAGGUCUGUUGAUAGAAUGCGUUUCCAAGCCGAGGAUUCGCAUUAUUCACAGCUGUCUGGGAUGCAAGAUUUCUUCUCAACGUUCAGCGCACUUCUUGUCGCCAUAGAAACUUUUGAAAUGACCGAACUCUUGGAUCCACUAAAAGCAAUAUCAUUUGAAGUUCCGGGACCCUGGGUCUACCAGUCCCUCUCAAAAGCCUUGGUAGGCGACGGCGAUGUCAAAUGGCUCUGGUGGCCAGUAUUUGACUGGAUGCUUCGAUUUCAAUGGCAGGCAGCUAUUACAACAGAAAAUUUCCAUAAUUUAAACUGCGACAUUGCUCUGGACGCAAUCUCUGAAUCGCUCGGUUCUGCCAAGAAGUAUGCCUCCACAUUUAUCACAUUGUCCACUAGUUCUCUAGCCAUUGAGGUUGCACUAUCAGCUGCUGUAACUGGGUUGGCUAUUUCUACUUAUUGUGCAAAGCACCACCUCCAAACCAUCGAUCGUCAUCUGUGUUUUCUUGACAAAAUUUGGGACCAAGCCUUGGAGUGGUUUGAACAACUUCUGGCGACAAAUACGCAUGAGGACUCCCGGUAUAAAAACGAUAAACGUCGUGCUCUUUUGCACGAUAGACUAAUUUGUUGUCUCGUUGAGCAUUUGCUCGGGCUCGAUUCAGUCAUCUUCGCGGGUUACUCGCCAACAUCAACUCGGUUCCGCCAUCUCUCUCGACUGUGGGCGGUGCUUUUUUCAAUCCCCGUAUUUGGCAACCCCGUUGUUCCCUGGCGCUACCGCCUAGCUGUGUCGGCGUACUUUACUUGGCCCAAGGCCUCAACUGAGUUGACCCAGGAAUGCUGGACUGGAGGUGAAAUUGAUCACAGUGUACCGCCGCCUUUGGUGUUUCUUUUUGCCCACUCCUCGUCCUCCUACAUCCUGCGUUAUUUUUACCUCUACUGGAGUUUGCCACCACUUCUCUCUCCCAGCAAAUUUAAUUACUUAACGAUUUCUCGAUCUAGUACAGUCCCUGUGUUGGGAGAAAAGUACGUAGACUCGGUGCUUGAAUUAGUUCGCUCCCAUCUGGUGGAACCAGCUGAAAUUUGGAGUCGCAUGUUCUUCUACUUGGUUUCAGCGAGAUCAAUUCAAGCUUCAUCGGUACAAGAAAUGGCUGAAUACAUAUUGGUAGACGUGAACCAACGUCAUUGUCUUGCAGAAACCCUUUUUAAAUUGCUCCCCAACGUUCCGAAGUCGCAGUGGCCGAGAUGUCUUGAGCAGUUGGUACUGGAUCUGCUUGUCCACAAAUCAUCCGAUGGGUUGGCACCGAACCAACGCGACCGAGCACUUCAACUGGAGUUUGACGACGAAGUCUCCCAGACCUCCACGGAGAAUUUGACCGUUGAUGUUGGAGAAAAUGUUGUCCCGAGUAAUCUGGACGCAAGACUUCGUCUACCCCUGGCUGCAUUUUUGCAUCCUGAAUUGCUUUUGCUGACUGUACGAAACUUGCACAAAAUCAUAUCCCAGCUGACUUGGCGAAAGGCCCAGGACACGUGGUGGCUCGUGGCGUUCCAUCGGCAUCUACGAAAAGCCCGAUUUCCGCCAAUUGGCGAUGAGAGCGUCGUCGAGUUAUUCUGCUGUCUCAUCGACGCCUUAAAGGAUGCCUUGAAAAGUCAGUUGCUUCUGAAGAGGUGGUCACUUUUUCUCUCACUUGUCAACGCUUUGAACGACUUUGGUGGUGCUCUCUGUACUUACCUUGAGGAUGCUGAGGAUGGGGUUCGUGUUAACGACAUUUGGCAGCAGGUUGCCGCACGGGUCAUAAAGUUGGCAGAAACGGCGUGGCUUGCAGGCGGGGCAAGGUGGCCUGGGCUUGAGGAGAGCUUUGCGCCUCCCUCCCUAGCCUCUGCCUUCUGUGGCACGCUCCUUGUCUGGGUUCGACUCCAUUCCCUCAAAGUACUGGAUGAUGAAGUCCCGAGUAUCCCACUGGAUACCUUUUUAAUGCAGGGAAACCCGAAUACGUCUUUUCAACCCUUCCUAUUGCUUCAAUGCCUGACAAAUGCAUCAAGAAGCAGUGUUCUACUCUUAACCUCCAAUCUAAUCGGUCUGUUGUCCAAUAGACCUCACAUGGACUCGCCAUCCCUCCUUUAUACCCUUGAUUCCCUCUUGUCCUUAUUGGUGACGACUUCAAAUCGAUUUGACGGAGGCUGUGGUGAUUGUAAUUGUCAAGCCAACGACAUCACCCUCUCGUCCUCGCAAUCACUGCCUCCAAGCAAGCCCUAUGCCCUACUUUCGCUUAUUGUGUCAGUCUGCUGCUUGCUCAUCAAACACGUCGCAUCUGGUAGUCUCCUUCACCAGGUUUUCCUCAGCCGACUAGCUGACAACAACGGGAAUUACUUUGAACUGCACAUAAAACCAUACAUGAUGCCUCUCUGUCUGUGGGAGAUCUCCGGUGGUCAUUUUGACCGAGACGUGCAUCUGCAGGAGUUCAAUUCUGCGGCUUUGGCUUGGGGAUAUAAGUCGUUUGAGGACUUUGUGAGCCAAUCGCAGGAAUACGGAGCAUUCUUGAGGCUUACGGGAGUCGAGUUUUAUGCGGGUAGCUCCACACGCACCUCACACAUCUACGUCGCUGCUCACUUGUUUUCCAGAGAUCAAUUUCCGCAGUUUAUGAAGUCUCUCAAAAUCGAGGAUCAGAAGGGUUUCAGGGCCCUGCGUUCUGUGGAAUCCGUAGUAGGUGUCGUCGCAAACCUCAUUCGUUUCAUCCUUCUCUUUGUGGGUGACACCUUUGCCAGUCUCGAUCGACAAUCCGCUCUGAUCUCGUGUCAACUCAUCUCACACCUGACAAUCCUGUUUCUUGAGCUCUUUUCGACUAACCCGACAGACGCCACAAAACUCCUCCUCCCACCUUCUCCCAUCGCCGUUGACUACGUGGUGAAGACCGCUGCACAGCUUCUCACACAGGCCGUCACACUCAACAGUGAAUUCUUAUUGACUCUGUCUGACGCCAUCAUGGAAGAGGCGAGUCGUUUCUUGGACAAUCCGCGACUCUCAGAGACCGCCGCCUGCUACGAUGUUCUCGGAGGGGAGUGCGUGCGUGUCUGUGUGUGGCUGGGUCUUGCCCGCUUUUUGGCUCUGUUGGCUUCUUCCACGCAGAACAAGCCCACCUCGAGCAAUGCGCCCUUCGCAGCCUAUCUCAACUGGCGCCUCAUCACAGUACUCAUCAGUCUCAUUGAUGCGGAAAUUGAAAGGGAUCGGUUAUCGACUAUUGGUUUCUUAUUAACUGCCCUGUCGGAGAUUUUGGAUUUACUUGUGGAUGACAACACGACUUCUGAAGGCGAUUUGUUGGAGAUUGCCUGGCACAAUUCGACUGUGUAUAUGUUGUCAGAGGUAACAUCACGGUUAUCGUCUUUACCAGACGACGUGCAUCUGGAGUUUUUGGAAAGGAUCACUCCAAUUUUGGAUAGACUCUUUCAUGUUGGCGGUGGCUGCCGCUUCUCCCCGGCCAUCUGCCUCAUUGACAACUUCUGCAAAAGCAGCAUCCUAUUUUCGACCUACCAACCUCAUCUCAGUCGGCACUGUAAGUGCAACAGGAUGGACGCGAGUGAGGAAAUUCGUCGAUUUCUCAGGUCUCUCAAUUGCCUUUGCCACCCUCGAUUGGUAAAGUACCGCGCAGCGGGGAUUCGUCAUUUGACGGCACUGCUGUCACCAAAUCGAGAGUACACUGCUGCAGAACUGCAUGAGCGCCUAGCUAAGGUGCCAUUCGAACGUGAUGACGCGAAAGCGCGUUUGGUGGAGGAAUCCUGCCUGCAAGAUUGGGUCCCGCCCGUCACCGAAAACCCCACUCUGGCUGUGCAAAUUGAACGACUCAAACAGACUCUUCUGGACUUGCUCACGUCAACCGAGGGUGUAGUCGUUGAUCCUGCUACCAGCCAUGCACUGGGCGACUGUCUAGUCUCCUUGUCUACUCGUUCUGGUAUCGAGAAAAGAUGCGUUAAUUCUGCUAAUGUGCCUAAACCCCUUUUCACUGGUGAUUGCCCCAAUCCCAUGGCAGUGGAACAGCUUAACUCGGUGAUUUUCAUUUCAAAUCAAAUCGUGUCUCCCAGAACCGUAUUUUCCCAACUUGGACCCCAGUGCCUUCGUGCUGUUAUGGCCGACCCUCGGCUGUUGUCGCUUCUCUUCGGGAACCUAAAUCUAACCACAGAGCAAGAAGCCUGCCUUCUUACAAAGCUCGCACCGUACUUGGCUCUCGAUGAAAUAACCGCUUUGAGACGUUCAAGGACGCCGUCGGCACCGAAAUUUGUAUUUAAAAACAUUCCCGAACAUAUGCUGGUGGACCUGUGCUCUCAGGAUCUAGUCAAUCUCGUCUCAAAUUGCAACAAACAGCUGGACGAUAUGAUUAUUGAAAUUGUGAACUGGCUGUUUGCACAGGGUUUGGUCUUGGACGAAUUCUUCUUGGCCUGUAAACCACUCCUUCUUUCUGAGGUCUACUUGGCAAAACGUCUCCUACCCUGGAUUUUUGCCGUUCUCUUUACCAGCUUGAAGCUCUCGGGCAGCACCCGUGGUGGUGGUAAGGGUGUCGAGAGAGCCCUCUCGUGCCUCCUCGCGUCACUCAACUCCCUCCUCGAGCACCACCCUCAACUGUCUGGGUUUCUCCAGUCGGUCUUGAUUGCGCUCCACGCAUACUCGCAGUGGUUAAUCCGAUCGGGUAUUGCUCGCAGUUUGGAGUGGGAAUUCAAUUGGCUUUUGGCGUCGAAACGAGCCCUCGAAUCAGGGUCUUCCGAAGCUGCUUGUCUCCUCUUUGAAUUGGAGUGGAUGAAGCGACCCGAAAAAUUGCUUCACGAUGCCGCGUACCAAAACCUGUGGAUUGACAUCUGUGAGUCGCGGGGGGACCUUGUAGGCUUGAAGGCCGCACAAACUGCAAUGGCGGAGUCGUUCGAUCGUUCGACUGCCGGAGCGUCGCUUGAGGACCGCUUCCGGUAUACGAUCGUCCACCAAUCAAACACAGGUUUUCAAUUUUGCUGGGAAAUGAUUGGCUAUCUUACGCCCUGUGUUCUCCCAACCUAUCGGGAACCUCGUCCCUCGUAUACCAACAAGCUAGUCUGGAUUGGUCCAGUUGGAUGUGCUAUCAACAAAACUAACGGUCACUGGGGACUUCUUCAGGCGGAUAGGAAGCUCAACGCCGGGGAAAACAAUGAUGGCAUCGUGGAAGUCCUUCUGCAACUUCAUCGUCUUGGUGCUGAUAACGCCUUCUUUGAAUUUGCCUCUGGUCACUUGAUAGCUCACAAUUUGGAACUCCAACCGGCUUUGCUAGAAGCCAGAUACCAAGUGUCGUGGCGCACUGGUGUCUGGAGACUUCAUACGUCACCCACCGUUCCCAGAGAUUCCCGUCUACUUGAUAUUGAUUUCAAGUGUCUUAAGGGUCCUAGGGUCUUGCCUUCACCGUCUCCUUUGGCGCUACAACUUCUGACCGCUCGAAAAACACUCCAUGAAUCACCCGGUUUGGGAGAGGUUAGACGUGAACGACUCUCUCGGUUGGGUCAGUGGGCAGACGUGGAGCCGCGUUCUUCUCAUCAGGUGGAAGACGACAAAUUGCUUCACUUACUGCGUUGUGCUGUUUACCGGGAAGAUUGGAAACUGGUGUCAGAUAUGAUUGACGAUCGUCGGAUCCGUCGUACCUUCAAUCAUUUAUUUCUGAAACGCACGCACUACGGGUCUGGAGCCAAGUAUCCCGUCUUUUGUCCACCCAACCAAAUUCCAGCGAAAGCUUCCAUCGAGGAAUUCGCAACUUUGGAUGCAACUACUUCUUCCCCGUUCCUGGAAGCCUCCCUCUGUUUGUCGGAAGCACUUUCUGACUCUCAUCAGGAUCUGACUCCGUGGCUCCCUUUACUCAACGUCCACACACAACUGCAACUUGCUGACUUGCAUGUUGAGUUUGGAGAUGCACUGUUCGGCGAACGUCUGCUUAAAUCGAUUCAGCCGGUUGACGUUCCAUGCCCCGAAUUGCAUCUCAGAAGGCAUCUUUGUCUAGCAUUGACUCGGUCGAAGUUGCAACGACUGGGCGGAGAAAUUUCCCUAUCAAGUGCUCGACUUAUGAGUGUUUUAAAGGAAACCACGACGGCGCUGUCGGAACUUAAGCUUCAACGCGAUCUCCCUGCUCGCCUACUUUUGGAAUCGUACCUCUCGUGCACUGUUGUCCUCUGCAAGUGGCUUUCUGAAUCAGGAACCAUGAGUUGGGCAGACCUGAUAGUUCAAUUGCUGAAACCUGCCAUCGAUUUGGCCGAUCGUUGUUGGCCUUCGUCGACAAAGCAAUCACUGGUGACCCCGCCUCCCCCGUUGUACUCCUCAGCAGACGCAUUGGCUGCACUUGCUGAGUUUGCCGACGCGCAGUAUCAGAUAUUCGAUGGUUACAUCCGUUCACCUGAGUUUGCUGCUCGAAGCCGACUGCUAGUGGAUGCUGAAGCCGAUGCUGCAUGUCUCACGGAGGUAGACAAGAAGAGCCGGUUUCUCCGAAUUCUCCAACGCCAAUCGACUCUCGAAAGUGUGGAGUUAAGCAACCUUAUUUCGGGUUUGCAGUCGUUUUUUUCGACAGCUAUUCUCUCCUACUGCCGGUGCCUCGCUCAAAGUGACAAGUUUAAUUUGAAGGUCUACCGUCUUGUCUCGCUCUGGCUGAGUGCGUCUGCUAAAAUGGGACAAAACGGAGGCCUCACGUCGUGCGUUGGCAGCACGGAAGAGACUCUCUUCACGCCUGACUGGUUGGCUUCACUGGACGCGCACCUCGGUGGCAUUCGUGUGGACAAAUUUCUUCCCCUCUUUCCCCAACUUCUCGGUCGCCUCACAACACCGUCAGAGCAGAGCCCAGGCAGACCACAGUUGGCCUUCCACUCCAUGUUGGCAAAGCUGGUCAAGUCACUGUUGAACAAGCAUCCAUACCACACGGGUUUCCCGCUGCUAUCUCUUGUCCAUGCAGACCUGGACGAUCCAACUGCCCCCUCGAGUGGUGCGACUCCCCGAGCGAAGCGCCAACGGAUCGAUGCGAACGAUUCUGGCAGCGGCCGAGUACUCCUGGCUCGUCAGCUGUUUUCGGAGGUGUGCUGCGCCAACCAAGAGAGCGCUAGCGUCUUUUCUCAAAUGCAAGCACUUGCAAAGGCCUACAUCGAAUGGGCCAAUGUCGAUGUGGAGAGUAAACGCACCACCAAAGGUGAUAUUCCCUUGCCGUCGACUUGUUCUCUGUCGCGUCUUUCCGGGGAAGCCGAUGACCAGCUCCACUUGAUACCAGUUGUCACCUGUCCACCCCGUGUCGACCCCUCGGGGGCCUACCGUGACCUUGUCCGUUUAGUGGGCUUCGCUAAAACGUAUCGAUUGGCCGGGGGCCUAAAUCUUCCGAAAAUAAUCACUUGCGUUUGUUCGGAUGGGAAGAAGCGAAAGCAACUUGUCAAGGGACGUGAUGAUCCACGCCAAGACGCCAUCAUGCAGCAGGUGUUUUCAGCAGCAAACCACCUGUUGGCCACUUCUACUGGUGUUUCCAAAGAAGGACGACCUGGGUCUUGCUCCACAGACAUGCGCAUACGGACUUACAUGGUACGCGUCCCUCAUUUUGAAUUCCUGGAGCUGACUGCCCGCUCACAAUUUCAGGUGGUGAUUCCACUAGCUAGACGCAGUGGUUUAAUCGAAUGGUGCGAGGGCACUGUGCCUCUGGGUGAGUGGCUGGCCAGCGACACGUCCGGCGCCCACCAGCGCUACCGUCCUAACGACUUGGUCCCCUCCCAGGCCAAGCUCAAACUGGCCGACGCCCGCAGCAAGGGCUUGGAGCGGAGGCAAGCCGUCUUCGCGGAGAUCUGCUCCAAGAUUCAACCGGUUCUGGGUUACUUUUUCCUGGAGAAUUUUCCCGAUCCCCGAGACUGGUACAUGGCGAAGCGUCGCUACACCAAAUCGCUAGCGGCCUCGUCAAUUUUGGGUUACCUUGUUGGCCUGGGCGACCGCCACCCCCACAAUCUCCUUCUCCAUCCAGUGACCGGAGACCUGGUGCACAUCGAUCUGGGUAUCGCGUUUGAUCAGGGGCGUCUUUUACCAACGCCAGAGGCUGUCCCGUUCCGUCUAACUCGUGACCUCGUGCAUGCCCUGGGUCCGCUGGGUCUCGAGGCGGGGUUCACCAGUGCUGCGGAGUCCGCCCUGCAUGCCUUUUCAUCCGGAUCGGAAGUAAUCGUCACUCUGCUAGAAGUAUGCUCUUCUUUGUCACUUUACCAAACCAGGGAGGGGAAGUUCGCAACGUACAUCCUCUUCAGUGCGGCUGGUGGUCCUUUUGUGGGCGCACAGGCACUUCGAUGGAACCUGAUCUUCCGUACCAGGAUGCUUGUGUUGCUUCACGAUCCCCUCUACUCGUGGUCUCUCUCCCCCGCCCAACUCUGCGCCUUAGAAGCUAAGCGUGCAGAGGUCGCCGCCCACUCGACUUACCGCGGGGGCGCCGAAAACACCGCCACUGCAACUAACACCAGCAUAGCAGCGGGCCUGGCCGCCAACUCCUGUUUGCCUGGGUCGAGGAGACCCAGGGACUCCGUGAACCAGCUUGCCGAACGCGUUCUCCUCACCGUGCGUGACAAGUUGGCAGGCCGCGUCGGCGGAAUAGGAGGCAGCGGAUUGUCCACAGCUGCCGGUUCCGAGGGUCUUGGGACCCUCGAGGCAGCCGGUCAGGUCGACCUCCUCAUACGCGCUGCCACGAACCCUGAAAAUCUUGCCCGAAUGUACUUCGGUUGGCAGCCCUACUUGUAA